ACUUUCAGACAACACUUUCAAGCAACACACAAGCAACCCCAAUUGGAUUCAAGUUGUGCCGAUCCCAUCCCCCACCUCAUUCAUUAAUCAAGAAUUAUGUACAUAAGUAUUUUCUAACAAAUUUAAGGUGUGUCGCAUUUUACGCCCAAUGAUGCAGCAGCUGGGGGCAAGUGCAAGUGCGCAUGCGAAUGCAACAGAUGCUGCCAAGACGACGCUGGCAUUGGCUGCCAAUGCAAGUCAAGCCAAUGCACGCAACAGUGGCUCCUCCCAAACGAAAUGCAAUAGAAAUACCAUUAUCAAUACCGAUGUACUUCCAGCUGGCAACAAUAUCAACCUCAACGAAGAGGAUAACGGCGGCAGUAGCAAUAACAACACCACCUGCAACAUUAGCACCAACACCAUGAGGAAAUGCCUAAAGAGCAGCGCCAUAACAACCGAAUUGCUUGGCAAAUGGCGUGAGAAUUUCUACAGCCAGCCGAAGAAUUUGCUGGCGCAAAAUGUCUGCUCCCGCGUCGAUCCGUUCGAUGUGUGCCUGUCGCGCAAGGCUCUUGAGACGACCAAUCAUGUGUUCAAUUACAAGGUGGAGACGGAGGGCAAACCGGUGACCAAUCAGCGCAGCUCCGGCCGUUGCUGGCUGUUUGCAGCGCUCAAUUGCAUACGCCUGCCCUUCAUGAAGAACUACAAUCUGGAUGAGUUUGAGUUCUCGCAGGCGUUCCUCUUCUAUUGGGACAAAAUCGAACGCUGCAAUUACUUCCUUAAUAAUAUUGUUAAGACGGCGCAGCGUGGCGAGAAGGUCGAUGGAAGAUUGGUGUCGUUCCUGCUGCUGGAUCCCACAUCGGAUGGCGGGCAAUGGGACAUGCUGGUCAAUCUGAUAACCAAACAUGGUUUGAUGCCAAAGAAGUGCUUCCCAGAGAGCUUCAGCUGCGAGUCCAGUCUGCGCAUGAAUGCUAUUCUCAAGAGCAAGCUGCGUGAAUAUGCGCGCCACUUGCGCGUGCUGCUCGAUAGCCAGCCCAGCGAGGAGGCGAUCAAUGCAAAGAUACAGGAACAAAUGGCCGAAAUAUACAAGGUGGUGGGCAUUUGCCUUGGCAUACCAGCGGAGACUUUCACCUGGGAGUACUAUGACAAAUCGAAGAACUACCAAUCGAUUGGUCCCAUCAGCUCGUUGGAGUUCUACGAACGCUAUGUGAAGCCUCAUUUCAAUGUGGAGGACAAGGUGUGCCUGGUCACAGAUCCGCGUCCCACCAGCAGCUACGAUCAGGCCUACACGGUUGACUGUCUGGGCAAUGUUGUGGGCGGUCGUCCUGUGCUUUACAAUAAUCAACCUGUUGAGCUGCUGCUAACCAUGGUCACAAAGUCUCUGAAGGCCGGCGAGGCCGUCUGGUUUGGCUGCGAGGUUAGCAAGCGUUUCGCCUCCAAGCAGGGCAUCGAGGAUAUGGAUGUUCAUGAUUUCAAGCUGGUCUUUGACAUCGACAUUCAAACAACAUUCUCUAAAGCGGAUCGCCUCAUCUAUGGAGAAUCAGCCAUGACACAUGCCAUGGUCUUCACUGCCGUCUCUGUGGAUCAAAAGGGCGCUGCGCACAAGCUGCGCGUUGAGAACUCCUGGGGCGAGGAUCGCGGCGAGAAGGGUUAUCUGGUGAUGUGCGCCGACUGGUUUAGGGAGUUUGGCUUUGAGGUUGUUGUUGACAAGCGAUUUGUGCCAGAGAAUGUGCUGCGUGUUUUCGAUAUGGAUCCCAUUGUAUUGCCCGCCUGGGAUCCCAUGGGCACGCUGGCGCAGUAGACAGCAUGUCCAGCUAAUUGGAAAAGCUUUACAAUAAUAAAAAAGAGAAAAAGAAACAAGAAAAGAACAUAAAAAAAACCAGGCAACCCAGCAACAAUAAGUAACAGUUAGAAAUGCAAGCAAUAAUCCUUAUUGAAAUGAUCAAAUUCAGAGUUAUUUACAUAAAUUACUGCGCAAAUAUUUUGGCCAUAACGAGUAACGUUUUUUUUUAAAUGCAUGCAUAAACGUGUAGACAAUUUGCUCUGACUCCACUAUUUUGUUGAAUUUUUUUCUAUAUAUACAUACAUGCCUAUAUA